AUGUCCACUUCCACUCCACCCAGGACCGCAGAUAAUAAGAAGCCUCAGAACAGGCGGAGGAGCUCAUCCAUCACCAAUGCGCUCAACCAGGUCCCGCUGAAUGAGAGGUCUACGCCUUCUAAAUUGCAGAAGACGAGCACCGACACUGGUAUCCGGGACAACAAGCCCCGAAAGCCUCGUCGAGACCCGAACGACGCAGCAGCCCGGUACGACUCGCUAGGGUUCUGGCAGGAUCUCAAGACCGGCAGGUGGAUGCUGGUACCUGAAACAUCGUUCAAGCUCCUGCUCGUUCCCGUCCUCUACCACUUCAAUCACACCCUCCUCGUUCACGCCAAUAUUCUAUCUCCGGACUCCCCUAAUCCUGUCCGACCAUUGCUAUUCCUCUCGGGUCAAGCGGCAGAUGGACGGUAUGGGAAGCACUGGAACGAUGUUCUGUUCAUCGCACACCAGAUUAUCUGGUGGUCCUUUGUCCGACAAUUCAUGACCCUGAAGGUGCUGAGGCCAUUGGCUAAAUCGUUCGGCAUCAAAGGCGGCAAGAUUGAGCGGUUCACUGAGCAGGGCUAUGCUAUCUUUUACAUGGGCUUGACGAGUAUAUCAGGCAUCACCAUCAUGCGCGGUCUGCCUAUGUGGUGGUACAAGACCGAACACUUCUGGCUGGAAUACCCACACACGCUAAUCCCAUGGGGCAUGAAGCUGUUCUACCUCCUUCAAUUCAGUUAUUGGUUACAGCAGACCAUCAUCCUCGCUGCCAAGAUUGAAAAGCCGAGGAAGGACUUUAAGGAGCUUGUCGCGCAUCACAUCGUGACGCUCUACCUGAUCUUCUGGAGUUACAUGACUUAUUUCACGCACAUCGGCUUGGCCAUCUUUGUCACCAUGGAUGUAUCGGAUGUGUUCCUUGCUCUCGCCAAGUGCACAAAUUACGUUGAUGAAAAGGCCUCUCAGCCCGUCUUUGCAUUCUUUGUUCUCGUAUGGACCUAUUUCCGUCACUACCUGAACAUCAAGAUUCUCUGGUCGGUAUGGAACGAGUUCUUCUUGAUCCCAUAUGAGCGGCGUCAGCUCUUUGACCCUCUCAACGACAAGUGGGCAGCCCCUUGGCUUCGCAAGAUGAUCUUCGCGCCGAUCUUCUUGUUGCAGCUUAUUAAUCUGUUUUGGUAUUUCCUCAUUCUGAGGAUUCUGUAUCGGGCGGUCUUUGCGGAGCCGCUGAAGGAUGAGCGGUCGGAUGAGGAGGAUGAGGCUGAGGAGGAGGAAGUAGAGGAGGUCAAGGUCAUCAAGGGGCCAAAGGCGGAGUAG